GGUUUGAUCCCCAGACCAGACCCACGGGGAGAGCAGACGGAACCAGCGGGUCCAGUUCGAGCUGAAAACAUGGUUCUGGUUCUGGUUCUGGUUCUGAGCGGAUUAAUGGGCCCAGCCUGGGCCGAACCGCGGAGACUGGCGGCAGAGAACCUUCUGGUCGUCACGGCGGCGACGGAGGAAACGGACGGUUUCACCCGAUUCGUCCGGACGGCCCGGGAGUUCAACUACACGCUGAAGGUUCUGGGACUGGGCCAGGACUGGAAGGGGGGCGACGUGGCCCGGACCGUCGGGGGGGGACAGAAGGUUCGUUGGCUGAAGGAGGAACUUCUGAAACACAAGGACCGGGAGGACCUGGUGGUUCUGUUCGUGGACAGCUACGAUGUUGUUUUCGCCUCCGGCCCCCAGGAACUCCUCUCAAAGUUCUCCCGUCUCAACCACCGCGUGGUUUUCUCGGCCGAGGGAUUCUGCUGGCCCGACCAGCGUCUGGCGCCCAAAUACCCACAGGUGCAUUCUGGGAAACGCUACCUGAACUCUGGAGGGUUCCUGGGCUUCGCCUCGGACCUGAGCUCCAUCGUGCAGCAGUGGAAAUACCGAGACAACGACGACGACCAGCUGUUCUACACCAAGAUCUACCUGGACAAGAACCAGAGGACCAAGUUCAACAUGACCCUGGACCAUCGAUCCAGAAUCUUCCAGAACCUCAACGGAGCCAUCGACGAGGUGGUCCUGAAGUUUGAGAAGAACCGGGUCCGGGUCAGGAACGUGGCCUACGACUCACUUCCUGUGGUGAUCCACGGGAACGGACCCACCAAGCUGCAGCUGAACUACCUGAGCAACUACGUCCCGACCGCCUGGACCUACGAGUCCGGAUGCAGGAACUGUGAUGACGACCUGCUGAACCUGGAGGACCUGGAGGACCAGGACCUUCCUCUGGUCUACGUGGGCGUUUUCAUCGAACACGCGACUCCGUUCAUGGAGGAGUUUCUGCUGCGGCUAACAACGCUAAACUACCCUGCUGCUAGGCUCCGCCUCUUCCUGCACAACAACGUGGUCUACCACGAGCGCCACAUCCAGCAGUUCUGGGACCAACACGGGUCUCGGUUCCCGGAGGCGGUUCUGGUCGGACCGGAGGAAGAUCUGGAGGAGAAACGGGCCAGAACCAUGUUCAUCCAGGCCUGCCAGCAGGAUCCCCGGUGUGAUUAUUACUUCAGCCUGGACUCGGACGUCGCCCUGACCAACCCCGAUACCCUGAGGAUCCUCAUAGAGGAGAACAAGUCCGUCAUCGCCCCCAUGCUCUCCAAACACGGGAAACUGUGGAGUAACUUCUGGGGAGCUCUGAGUCCGGAGGGUUUUUACUCCCGCUCCGAGGAUUACAUCGAGAUCGUGCAGGCCAAGAGGACGGGUGUGUGGAACGUCCCCUACAUCACGCAGGUUUACCUGGUCCGGGGCAGCGAGCUGCGCUCCAAGCUAGCCAAGGUUAGCCUGUACCUGGACGAGCGGAUGGACCCGGACAUGGUUUUCUGCAAGAGCAUCCGGGACCAGGGCAUCUUCAUGUUCGUUUCCAACCGGGACGAGUUCGGACGGCUCGUCGGGUCUUCGAACUUCAACACGUCUCGUCUUCAUCCAGACAUGUGGCAGAUGUUUGACAACCCGCUGGACUGGAAGGAGAAAUACAUCCAUGAAAAUUACUCCAAGAUCUUUGAGGCCAAAGGAGGCGUCGUGGAGCAGCCGUGUCCCGACGUCUACUGGUUCCCCGUCUUCUCGGAGAAGAUGUGCGACCACCUGGUGGAGACGAUGGAGGACAACGGAGGCUGGUCCGGAGGAUCCCACAAGGACGAGCGGCUAGCCGGCGGCUACGAGAACGUCCCCACCGUCGACAUCCACAUGAACCAGGUCGACUACGAGAAGGAGUGGCUGAAGUUCCUGAAGGAUUACAUCGUCCCGGUUACCGAGAACCUGUACCCGGGAUACUUCCCCAAGGCCCAGGCCAUCAUGAACUUCGUGGUCCGGUACCGGCCCGACGAGCAGCCGUCUCUCCGUCCUCAUCACGACUCGUCCACGUUCACCGUCAACAUCGCCCUGAACCGGAAACACGUGGACUACGAGGGCGGCGGCUGCCGGUUCCUGCGCUACGACUGCAAGGUGGAGUCUCCCAGGAAGGGCUGGUCCUUCAUGCACCCGGGCCGGCUGACCCACUACCACGAGGGGCUGCCCACCACCCGGGGGACCCGCUACAUCAUGGUCUCCUUCGUAGACCCCUAGACCUGUAGACCCCCCAGAACCGGUCCUGGACCCCCCCAGAACCGGUCCUGGACCCCCCCAGAACCGGUCCUGGACCCCCCCCAGAACCGGUCCUGGACCCCCCCCCCCCCAGAACCGGUCCUGGACCCCCCACAGAACCGGUCCUGGACCCCCCCCAGAACCGGUCCUGGACCCCCCCAGAACCGGUCCUGGACCCCCCAGAACCGGUCCUGUACACCCCCAGAACCGGUCCUGGACCCCCCCCAGACCCACAGACCCCAGACCCACAGACCCGUAGUCCCGUACCCCCCCCCCCGUGGGGGGUCGCAGAGACGGGGCCUGAGUCCCUGAACCGUCUCUGGUCCGUCAUCAUUUCACUGUGAACCGUGUUGGAGGAACCUGAACCCAUCUGGACCGGUUUAGACCGGACUGAACCCAUCUGGACCGGUUUAGACCGGACUGAACCCAUCUGGACCGGUUUAGACCGGACUGAACCCAUCUGGACCGGUUUAGACCGGACUGAACCGGUCUAGACCGUGUUGGAGGAGGGACCCUGAACGUUUAGUCCAGAUUAGUCCGGAUUAGUUUAGACUUAAAUCACCGCGUUACCUUAAGUUCUUCUAGAAUCUAAUCUAUGCAACAACCAGGCCGGUAAUGAGAGACCAGGGUUACCACGGUAACCUGCAGCACCGUUACCAUGGUAACCUGCAGCACCGUUACCACGGUAACCAGCACCGUUAUCACGGUAACCAGCACCGUUACCACGGUAACCUGCAGCACCGUUACCACGGUAACCAGCACCGUUACCACGGUAACCAGCACCGUUACCAUGGUAACCAGCACCGUUACCACGGUAACCUGCAGCACCGUUACCACGGUAACCUGCAGCACCGUUACCACGGUAACCAGCACCGUUACCAUGGUAACCAGCGUUAGGAGAGUUCCGGAGAGUUUUAGAGUAUCUUUAUGUAUAUUUGAGUUUUGGGGGUGAAGUUAACAGAGGCCUUUUAUACGUCACGGUUUUAAUGUUUUAAAUGUUUUAAAUGUUUAAAUGUUUCUGAGACUCGUCUCCAGAUUUACCUGUUACAACAUUCACAUGUUUUUAAAUAUGUUUUAAAUGUUUAAAUGUUUCUGAGACUCGUCUCCAGAUUGAACUGUUACAACAUUCACAUGUUUUUAAAUAUGUUUUAAAUGUUUAAAUGUUUCUGAGACUCGUCUCCAGAUUGAACUGUUACGACAUUAACGUGUUUCUCUUUUCCAUGUUUCUCUCUGGCUUUGUACAAACUGCAUUAAAUUAUUGUUAAAGACUGAAUAAAGUUUUACAGAGAG